AUGUCAAGAUCGUCGACGUUACCGAGACCAAGAGAAUCUGUGUUUACAGGUGGCCUCGACCCAUAUCGUGGUGAUGUCAAUGUCGUUUGUCCGCCAAACCUCCGCGAGUGCGUCCUUGCUAUGGAAGAUUGCUGCGAAGAGGCGCAUGAAGCUCAACAACUUCUUCGAAACGGGACAUUUGAUCUGCCCCGCAUGCGCAAGGUCCUUGAAAGCCAAAGGGUAUUCCUUCUAAUCGACGAGGGCACAGUGCACAAAUAUAAAGCUGAUCUUGCAGACGAGAUUGAGCCUCAGAUAAAUGAGCUUAUCGACCGUGCAGAGAAAGGUCUCAAUGCUUUAACUCGUCGAGAGGGCUUGAUUCAAAGCAAGGUUGAAGUUGCACAGGCCAUGCAAUCUAGAGUCGCGACAGCACCCACCUCAAAUAAGCGUGAAGAAAGACGCCUGCAAAUGCUCUCAAAACAACGUCGGCGACUUGAAGACGAAGUAAAAGCUCUGGAAUCAGAGAUACUA